GUAACUCAUCAAAAUGCAUUCCGCAGUGUUUUUCUUUCAGUUUAAGGCAUGUCUAGUUUUUUGCGCUAUUAUUAAAAUUCAAAGUGUUAUAAUUAAAACAAAAUCGGGUCCCGUUAAGGGUUUUGAGGCACAAACUGAAGACAUUUCCUUCUAUACUUUUAAAAAUAUACCAUUUGCAAAGCAACCUGUAGGAGAUUUACGAUUUGAGCUUCCGCAACCAACAGAGCCAUGGACGUCAGAAGAGGAGCUUACAUCGCAAAAAAUAUCGUGUCCCCAAUAUCCCUAUUACACUGGCCAGCAGCUCCAUAACACUGCAUUCGGACAAGAAGACUGCCUUGUUUUAGAUGUGUACAUGCGAAAGAAAGAUUUACUGCAAUUUUCUAGCAUACCAGUUUUGGUGUAUUUUCAUGGUGGUAGAUUUUCUCAUGGAAGCAAAGAAGAAUAUGGAGCAGAAUUCCUACUACGUUUUAACGACAUUAUUGUUGUAAUUCCAAAUUAUAGAUUAGGAAUCCUUGGUUUCUUGAGUGCCCAAGACUCAGUAUUGGAGGGUAACUAUGGAUUAUGGGAUCAGCGUGCCGCUCUUUCAUGGGUAUCGGAAAACAUCAGAUCCUUUGGAGGAGAUCCCGAGCGAGUGACUUGCGCUGGACAUGAUGCUGGUGGAUCUUCUGUUGGACUGCAUAUUCUUUCUCCCCAAUCUAAAGGUUACUUCAAAACAGCUAUUUCGGGAAGCGGCACUGCUCUUGAUCCGUGGCUUCAAAACAAAGAUCCAGUUUCAGCCCUGAACAGAGCAGCAAACGGAUUAAAAUGCCAAUACAAUUCCACUAACGGUUUGUUACAUUGUUUAAAAAGACGAUCCUGGAGAGAUCUACUGAAAAUACAAAACCGGUUAAAGGAAGUUUCAUUCCUACCAACAAUAAAUACUGAAGCGGAAAAUCCGUUUUUAAUGGACCAUCCUGAAAAGCUGUAUUCUUCAAGCAAUUGGAACAUUGUUAACUACAUGGCUGGAGUUACGGAAGAUGAAUCAUCGGUGGAAGUAGCACAUGCGUUUGACGCUUCUUUGAAACACCAGCAUAUGGAUAAAAUAGUGAUGCAUUUUUUACAACCAUAUCUUCAUGACGUACCAAAUCUUGAAGCAGUAGCGGUCGCUGCUAAGUAUCACUACUUUAGGGGAUCCUUAAUUCCAACCUUCGCUUCAAUUGAACCCCAAAUAGUGAACUUGAUGUCAGACUUUCUCUAUAAGAGCUCUUUAGAUCGCACUCUGAAACUACAUAGUCGGAGAACAUCGAAAACUUUUAUGUACGUCUUUCAUUAUGAAAGUGAGAAUCAAACACUUGGACACAUAUUUGGACCCAAACAUAGACACGAAAAUUAUGGUGUUACCCACAUGGAAGAUGUGAGAUAUCUUUUUAAUACUUCCUUUGCUCCAUGGACAGGGAUGGAAAACAAUGGGCAGUCAAAAGAUAUGAUAAAAACGAUGUGUGGAAUUUGGGGAAACUUUAUCAAAACGGGAAACCCAGAUAUGAAAUGGCAAGCAUUCAGCAGCGAAAAUAUGCGGUAUUACAUGGAACUCAGUGAUACUCUUCAAAUGAAAUCACAAUACAGGCGAAACGAUAUGGAGUUUUGGACUUUGCUGAUACCAGACUUAAUCAAUCUAAAGAAUACUACAGCUAAAUAUUUUCAUAUACAAGAAACUGAUGCGGACAUAAAUUCAUUUUCUUGGGGAAUAACUGGUCUAUCUAUUCUUUCGGGAGUUGUAUGCGUUGUAUUAGUUGGUGUAGUGAUCAUAACAAAGAAAAGAAUUAUGCGAUCAUCUCUUAUUCCUGCGUCAUCUUCUAAAAAUGAAGUCAAAUACAGAAGCAUUUAGUCCCUUUCAAACCACAUUUCCAAACAUUACACAUUUCAAACGGUGUAGUUUAUAACUCCAUUACAAGGAUAUCGGAGUUCCUUUUACUGGACUUACCUUCAUAGUUUUAGAAUAGACUGACAAUUUCCUCAAAAAAAAAAAAAAAAAGACAAUCAAGAAAGACUAACUAAAAAACAACUUGCUGAAUAAUGACAAAAACAUUUUUUAUCGAACAUUUAAUCAGCAAAGGUAAAAUAUUGCAAAUGAAAUGAUUAGCAUUUUUUAAAGACAGAUCAUAAGCAAAAAUUUUCUUGCUCAAAACUGAGUACUCAAGUAAGACACAUUGCACGACGAUGGCAAAUAAUGAAAUUUUAUUUAAAAAAAAAGUACAAGCAUAAAAAAAUUAAAAAAAAACUAAUCGUCUUAACUAAUAGCUAACUUAUCUACACACAUUUAAAAAGGUAAAGGCAUACAACACAAAAAAAAAAAAAAAAGAAUAUUGUACAGUAAAAGUCUGAUAUAUUUUUUUUUUUUUUUUUUUUUUGCGCAUAUGCAAAAGCUGGUUGUAGAUAAUUCUACUAAGAGAGAAGCUGGUUGUAGAGGCGAACUGUUAUCUUAUAGAGGAAGUUCUGUGGUUUUAGAAUUUAGAAUCUCAUGGUGGGUUGUGUUUGGCGUAUUUUUGUUGCAAUGAAAGAUAAAUAAUGUCUAAAAUAUAAAUAUGAAAGACCUUUAAUACUGUCAUUAACGUUAAUUCAUUCUUACACAGAAAUGUUCAUACUGAAACUGCUUUAGAAAACAAAAAGAAGAACGCAAAGAAAUAAUUUCCAUCAAAAACGGACCAUCAUUAACUUAAAAGUAAUUAACACUAAGAGGCAAAAUGACCUUGUUUGAGAACACAUAGCCUUUCAUUUUUCUCAACCAAAUAACAAAAUGGCUUCAAAAGUUCGCUAAAAAAAAUUUUAACUGGCCACAAACGAAGCCA